AAUUUGGGGUUAGGACAGGAGGACAUGAAGCUGCUUCUGCCCCUCGUGUGGCUUUUGGCCACGCUGACUCUGCCCCAGGCCGCAGAGGGCACUGCCUCCGCUGGUGCUGGUAAGGUGGAGACCUCGGUGGUCGUGAGCUGCAUGGAAGAGGCCAAGCGACUUGUGGACAGGGCCUACAAACAGACGCGAGAAAGCCUAAAGCGGCGGCUUCAGAGCGGGGCUGCCCGCCCCACGGACCUCCUGGCCUACUUUAAGCGGCCUGCGGCGGGGGCCAAGAUGGCUAUAAGAGCUGCCGACUACAUGCACGUGGCCCUGAAUCUGCUGGAGGAGAGGAUCCAACACCCAGGACCCUUCAACUUCACAGAUGUGCUGACCCCAUCCCAGCUGGACCUGCUGUCCAACGCCAGCGGCUGUGCCUCCCAAGAGGAAGAAGUGAAGUGUCCUCGAAGGAGCAAAUACCGCACCAUCACAGGAAGGUGCAACAACAGGAGGAAACCUUGGCUGGGAGCAUCUAACCAAGCCUUGGCCCGUUGGCUGCCUGCAGAGUAUGAGGACAGAAUCUCUCUCCCUUAUGGUUGGACCCCUGGGAAGAAGAGAAAUGGAUUCACCCUCCCACUGGUCCGGGCUGUCUCCAACCAGAUUGUCCGCUUCCCUGAGGGAAGGGUCACCUUGGACAGGAAUAGGGCGCUCAUGUUCAUGCAGUGGGGUCAGUUCAUUGACCAUGACUUGGAUUUCAGCCCUGAGUCUCAAGCCAAGGUGGCUUUCACCAAGGGGAUCGACUGUUAUAAGAGCUGUGCCCGGAUACUCCCUUGCUUCCCUAUCAAGAUUCCACCAAACGACCCUCGAAUUACUAAUCGGAAGGACUGUAUCCCUUUUGACCGCUCUGCACCCGCCUGUCCCAGGAAGAAUGCUGUCCUCAAUCAGCUCAACACACUCACUUCCUUUUUGGAUGCCAGCAUGGUGUAUGGUAGUGAGGAUGCCCUUGCUGCCCGGCUCAGGAACACAUCCAAUCAACUGGGGCUGCUGGCUAUCAAUACACGGUUCCGAGACAAUGGGAGAGCCCUUCUGCCUUUUGACAACCUCCAGGAAGACCCUUGCCUGCUCACCAAUCGAAAUGCUCGAAUUCGCUGCUUCCUGGCAGGUGACAGUCGAGCAAGUGAAACCCCCAAACUAACAGCAAUCCACACCCUCUUUGUACGGGAGCACAACCGGCUGGCUACAGAACUGAAACGAUUAAAUCCUCGAUGGAGUGGAGAGAAACUGUACCAGGAGGCCCGGAAGAUUGUUGGGGCCAUGGUCCAGAUCAUCACCUACAGAGACUUCCUCCCCCUUGUUCUGGGUCGGGCCAGGGCCAGAAGAACCCUGGGUCGCUACCGGGGCUACUGUUCUCGAGUGGACCCCCGUGUCUCUAAUGUCUUCACCUUGGCCUUCCGUUUUGGUCACACUAUGAUCCAGCCCUUCAUGUUCCGCUUGGGCAAUCGGUACCAGUCCUUGAAAUCCAAUUCUCGAGUCCCUCUCAGCACUGUCUUUUUUGCCAGCUGGAGAGUUGUAAAUGAAGGUGGAAUUGACCCCAUUCUCCGAGGUCUCAUAGCCACUCCAGCCAAGCUGAACCGCCAAGAUGAGAUACUGGUGGAUGAACUUAGAGACAAGCUAUUCAGACAAUUCAGGCGCAUCGGGCUGGACUUGGCUGCUCUCAACAUGCAACGUAGCCGGGACCAUGGUCUCCCAGGGUACAACGCUUGGAGACGCUUCUGUGGGCUCUCCCAACCCCGAACUUUGUCCCAACUUGCCCGGGUGCUGAAGAACGCCAAGCUGGCAAGGAAGUUCAUGAAUCUGUAUGGGACUCCUGACAACAUUGACAUCUGGGUUGGUGCUGUAGCUGAGCCCUUGUUACCUGGGGCCAGAGUAGGGCCCCUCUUGGCCUGUCUCUUUGAGAACCAGUUUAGAAGAGCAAGAGAUGGAGACAGGUUCUGGUGGCAGAAACGAGGUGUCUUCACUCCGAGGCAGCGCCAGGCCUUGAAGAGAAUCUCCUUAUCUCGAAUUAUCUGUGACAACACUGGUAUUACUACUGUCCCCCGGCACAUCUUCAAGGCCAAUAUCUACCCAAAGGGUUUUGUGAACUGUAGGAGAAUCCCCAAACUGAACCUCUCGGCCUGGAGACGCAGAUGA